AUGUUUGAUUGUAAACCGCAUUACAUCAAUAUACUUCCCCACUUCAAUGGGAGGUCUAAUGAUGAGCCGUAUACGCACUUGGCGGAGUUUUCUUCCAUUUGCAACAUUAUUGGGGGGCACAACUUUGCACUAGAGGGGGUCAAACUUCGCUUGUUUCAAUUUUCGUUGAAAGACAAGGCAAAGCAAUGGUUUCUCACACUUCCGGCAAAUAGUAUCCGGACAUGGGGUGAAAUGCAACAAGCCUUUUUAGACGAAUACUAUUCGAUGGCGAAGACCGACGACGCUAGGGAUGAAAUAAGGUCAUUUCGGCAACUAUCGAGUGAACCGUUGCAUGAAGCGUUCCCUCGAUUUAAAGAAUUGAUGAGGAGAUGCCCACAUCACCAAAUAGAAAAGUGGGAAUUGGUGAAGUGCUUUGUACGUGGUUUGGAUGACGCGACAUGGAAUCGUCUCGAGUCAACGAGCAACGGGACUCUUUUGAGCAAUCAUGAAGAUGACGAUUGGGAAUUUCUUGAGCGGAUCAGCAAACGGUCAAAGGAAAAGGAAUCGGCCGACCGAGCCAAGGAACAUCCUGUUUCCCGAUCACUACCCGACCUUGAUUCUAAGGAUCGGAUUUCCACUUUAGAACGGGAAAUAGCGCAUAUGAAAAAGAAAGAGGUAAAUGCGGUCCAAUUCACGGUAUGUGAGGAUUGUGGAGAUAUUGGCCAUAGGACCGAUCAAUGUCCAACGGGGCCGGGUGAGUACACCGAGGAAGUGAAUCAAGUGUCCGGGGAUAGAAAAAAUAAUGACAUGAAUUCGAACACCUAUCAUCCCGGAUUGAGAAACCAUCCCAAUUUCUGA